AUAUGAUAAGCUGCUCAUCAUCUAUUCUACCUGAAACUUGGAAUAAUUCUAAUUAAUUGAUGCUAAGUUUAAUUGCCCCACCUGAAAACCUUAGUCCAGAAUAUUUUAGUUCACUAUUAAACCAGUAAGAAUUUUAUCAUAUAGUAAAGGUAUGGACCUGUAUAGUAAGUAAAAAUCUUAAAUAAAUCGUUAAUGGAUUUUAAAGUAUUUGUAGAAAUGGGUAAUUCAGAGGCAGCAAAAUUAGCUAAACAAUUUCUUGAUUAACUUUCUUCAAAUUUUGUUAAAUGUUCAUAUUAUCAUGAAGAGAAGCACAUUUAACCUGAAAAUACAAAAAAUUGCUAAUUUGAAACUUUAGGUGAUUAAACUUAAAGCUCAUAAAAAUUCAAACAUCAAACUUCAUUGAAUGAUAGUACAUUUUUACUUUAUAUUUUUGAGACUUAAAAGAAGACGAUGAAAAACCUUCAAGCAUCAAGACAUUAUCUAUUAGUUAAAAAAUAAAUAAAUCUUCCUAAUAAAUUUAACCAACUAAUACUUUAAGUGUCAACGGAAUCAAAGGAAAAGAAUUAGAUGCUAAAAAAUUAUAUAAUAUCUUUAGUAAUUUCGGAAAUAUUGAUAAAAUCUUACUUAUAAAGUAAAAAUAAUUUAAUAUCUAAUAAUUAGACUAAAAAAUUUCGCUUUUGUAAAAUAUCUCAAAGAUGAUAAUGCUAUGUUCGUUUUCUAGAAUUGUUAAAAGUUAGAAUUCUUCGAUAGUAUGAUUUCAAUUACUUUUGUUGCAGAAGACUCAAUAGAUAAGCUAAUUGAUCUUGAUAAUCUUUAUGAAGAAUAAGAUUAUUUUAUAGGCUGUGAAGAAUCAGAUAGGUAUCAAAAGUAUUUAUUAAUAGAUUUAAUUGUAACAAUAAAAUGAUUCUUUUACCACCAAGUUAAGUAUUACACAUCUCAAAUCUUAAGAAGGUUUCUUCAAAUGCUGAAACUAUGUGGGAUGUAUUCUCUGAAUUUGGUGUUGUUUAAGUAUUCAUUUUAUUUAAUUAAUAGGCUGUAAAAGUAUUAAAUACUUAAUUUAAAUUUAUGUGUUUAGUAAAGAUGGAAACUUUAAAGUAAGCUAUAGAAGUUGUGGCUCUAAUGCAUAAUGAAGAGAUUGAUAAUAGAAAUGUCUAAAUCUCUUUCACAAAAACAAAAAUUUGA